AUGGCCUUCUACGAGAAAGGAGAACAUUACGUGCAGGAGAAGAGAUAUAGAAACGGAUUUACAAAAGAAGUACUUGAUGAGGAGCAAUGGCAGCGUUCUUCUCCAGGUUUCCCAAAGUCAGACCGUUUGUCACUCGAAAAAUAUCGUGAUGAUUACCAUACCAAUCACAAUAACCACAUUCGGUAUGUGAAAAUCCCAGCUGAACGCGUUGUUGAUGAUUAUCGUCGCGUAGAUUAUACGAACGAAGAUGAUGAUAAUGGCUUCUAUAUUCGUCGUCCCGCUUCCAAUCGGUCAUCCCAGAACCGUCCACCAUCCGAUGAAUUGAUUUAUAAUAUUCAGCAUCCCCGAUCGGAACUAGGGUCACCUGGAAACCAGACUAACUACAAGACUAGCACAAGACCUGGCUCACCUGGUCCAGUAGCUGGUGUUGGAGAUAUAACUAAUACAGAACAUGGCUUUACAAUCGAGUUGGACGUGAAAUUGUUCCGACCUGAAGAAAUUAAGGUUGUGCUAAAUGACAAUCACCUCUCGAUCACAGGAGAACGGAUAGAGCAAUGUGGAGACGGUCAAACUCUUCGAAGAUCCUUCACCAGGAAAUACAGCAUCCCAACCGAUGUUCAUUUAGAUUCAAUUAGAAGUCAUUUGGCAGAUAAUGGCGUACUUUACAUCAAUGGUUCACGACGAGGCUGGAAAGAAACAAACUUGAUUUACCACGGAGCUAACAAUUCCAUGUAUGGUCGUAGCGGAUCAGUCAUAAGCACCGUGUAG